GACAGAAGAAAGAGUAGGGCUAGGGCCUAGGGGUUUCUGGUCACGCCGCCGCCGCCGCCGCCAUCUCCGGCCACCCUGGCGACCGGAGAUCGCCUCUCCGCCACCCGGGUCUCACCUUACUCCUCCUCUCCUCGUCCCCACUCCUGGAGAUCGCUCCCCGGCGUCAUCCCCGACCCUCGACCGAGCGCCCCCGGUUGAGCAACUUCUCGUCUCGGCUUCUUCUCCAAUCCCAUUCAUUGCCUUCCCAGCGAUUCCCACGGGCCGCAGCUAGCUCCACCUUCGCACUACCGGGAGGGGGAGAUCGUACCGCAGAUGCCUACAUCGGAGCCAUCGGCGGCUGCGGCUGCCGGGGCGGGCGGCGAUGCAGCCAGCCAGAGGGCUGCGGUGGAGCCGGUCCAUCUGCCAACGCCAGAGGAGUUCAAGGGGCAGGAGAUGAUGAACAACUGCGCCGUCCGGAGCGUCCUCAGUGGUGUCAUGGGGGGUGGUCUUGGUGUACUUAUGGGACUAUUUUUUGGAGCUUUGGAAAAUCCAAUAAUGGCAGAGGAGAUGACAGCAAGACAGCAAAUAGUCUACCAGGCAAAACAAAUGGGUAGGAAGAGUAUGAGCCAUGCUAAGACCUUUGCAGUAAUGGGCUUGAUUUUCUCUGCAGCUGAAUGUGUCGUCGAGAAGGCUCGGGCAAAGCAUGACAUUACCAAUUCGGCAGUAGCUGGCUGUGUCACAGGAGGGGCUUUAGCUGCAAAAGGUGGCCCUCAAGCUACAUGUAUCGGGUGCGUGGGUUUUGGUGCCUUCUCUGUGGCGAUUGAGAAGUUCAUGGAUAGACACACAUGAAUCGGUGAUGAAAACGUUGCAUCCAACUACUGUACAAAUCAAGUGACGCUCCUAUCUUUGUAGCAAGCAGCAUUAGCAGGGAUUCAGCAUUGGCCGAAGAAGUUGUGGCUAUUUUGCAAUACUCAGUGUAGCCAAACCAAAAUUUGACUACGUCUUGCGGCAAUCCAUAGCUAUUUUAUUUUCUCCAGUCUGAUGCCAGUCUUAUAUCUUUGCUUGAGAGAAGUCACUUAAACAUAUGUGGCUUGUGUCUGUCUGGUCUCCAUUGGUUUCAGACAAGUCUAUUUAACUUUUUUACUUGUGCGUACAGUUUGCAUACCACAGCAAUGAAAUGACUUGAAACCUGA